CUUACGUUAAUUAGUCGUUGGGAAAAGAUCAAUAAUUUGUUUGUGACGUUGAAACUUUCUAAGCUCUUCCACAUAUACAACUACACAACCUAUAGCACAAUGUCCGAUUACUUUACUGAACUUGGACAUACACCAACUGGUGACAAUGGACCUGAUGAUAUGGAUAGGAACUAUAGGCGCCUUCAAGUGCUAGCCAUUAUGAAUGGUAUUGAUAUGGAUAUUGAGGUGCCAGAAGCGUCGAAGCGUGCUAUCGCCAAAAUGCCCCUUCAUGAUAUUACCGAAGAUGAUGUCAAGAAUGAUGUCAAAUGUCCUGUGUGCUUGAAACCAGCUGAAAUCGCUGAGCAAUUUAAAGUAUUACCUUGCAAACAUAAAUAUCAUGAGGAGUGCAUUUUAUUGUGGUUGAAAAAAACCAAUUCCUGUCCAUUAUGUCGGUAUGAAUUGGAAACCGAUGAUCCAGUCUAUGAAGAGCUGCGUUUAUACCGUCAAGAUGAACCUAAUCGCCGUCAAAGACAGGACAACUUAAUGGAUUCUAUGUAUUCAUAAUUUCAAUUCUUAUUAUAAGCCAAAAUUCAAAAUAUGUACAAUAUAUAUAAGUAAACAACGGUU